UUAUGACUGCUAAACAUAUACAGAUUAAUUCUUAAGGUUGUGAUCUAUGUUUGCCAUCAUUAAAACUUCAAGUAUUGGUUAAGAAUUUUUAACAGCAACCAAAAAUCGUUAUCAUUAGCGACAUUUUAUUAUGUACUAUUUUAUAACGCACUUUUUUAAUUUACAUUUUUCAUUCACAUCAUUCUUCAGCUUAUGGGGGGAUAAAUCUAAUAAAAUUAGUAAUUUGUAAGAAAUAGUAGUAGUUAUUUUUUAAUUUUUUUGAAAUCUAUUUUGACAUCUGUUAAUUUGAAAUUUGACCAUAUGGGGAUGCAAGAUCAUGCAUAAGUAAAACAUUUCUAAGUAAAAUGCACAAAUUUUCAGUAAACAGAUUAUUAAUGUAUAAGAGAACAUAACAGCAUAGCCCUGCACGGAGUUCCAAACAGAGCUUAUCAUGAAAUGGAAAAUUCCACUGACUGAGAUUGUCAGGAGAAUUUCACAAUCACAUAAUGUCAACAUCAACCUCUAACAAGGGAAGAGCAGAAAAUACCGGUGGAAUUACGAACUCCGAUGAGAAGCUUCUGAAGGAAAAGGGUUACUAUUUCAUUCGACAACUUGGAGAGGGAUCUUAUGCUAAGGUAUAUCUUGCUAAUCAAAUAAGACAUGACAAGAAUGACUUGACCCUAGCUUGUAAAGUGAUCAACACUAAAAGAGCCCCCAAAGAAUUUGUGGCCAAAUUUUUACCGAGAGAGCUUGAUAUUUUGGGGAAAGUUCUUCACCCAAACAUAGUCCAUAUCCAUGCAAUUUACAGCAGGAGCAGUAAAUAUUUAAUAUUUAUGAGAUAUGCUGAAGUUGGGGAUUUACUCGACUAUGUCCUUGAAAAGGGCGAACUCGGUGAGAACAUCAGCAAGGUUUGGUCAUACCAACUGGCAUUGGCGAUCCAGUAUCUCCACACUAUGCAAGUGGCCCACAGGGACAUAAAAUGUGAAAACAUUUUGAUUACCAACAAUUUUAAUGUGAAACUAGCUGAUUUUGGAUUUGCGAGGUUUGUCGUCGACCACAGCGGCAAACCUGUAACAAGCAACACAUAUUGUGGGUCACUUGCGUACGCUUCUCCAGAGGUGUUAAAAGGCAAACCUUACUAUCCAAAAUGUUGUGACGUUUGGUCGCUUGGCAUUGUGAUAUAUAUCAUGCUCAAUAAGAGCAUGCCUUUUAACGAUGGCAAUAUAAAAGUACUUUACAAGCAGCAAGUGCAGAGACAAUGGAAAUUCAGAAAUAGGAUCUUGCCGACAUUGUCAGGGAGUGCGGUUCAAAUUGUCAACAAACUACUGGAACCUGACUUCAGAAAGAGGUUAACAAUUGGUCAAGUCGUUAAAGAGCCAUGGUUCGACGAUCACGGUCUAGAGAUGACCGAAGAGGAACGUGAAGCGCUUGAAGCAGCCACUAAAGCUCAACCUCCCUCAGGAAAGUAUACUUUCGAGGAAAAAGAAAAAGAACUGGUCUUAAUGAGCAAGGACAGAGAGCCAUACCAAAGCCUCACUAAGACAAAAGAAAGUGGGCAUGCAUCUUCAGCGGCUACUAGUUCCGGUAGAGAAUCUACACCAAGAAACAUGAUCCAACGACAAACGGAAGAUGAAACACUUAGAACAAUGGAUGAUAGAAAAUACUGAUUUGUGUUGGAAUUAAGAUUUGUGACUAUCCAUUAUUGUACUACUGAUAAAUAAUUAUAAUAUUAAUA